CACUAAUAGUGAGGCAGCACUAAUGUAGACUUACGUUGAUCAUGGUUUUGAACAAAAUAAGCAAAAAAACAUGUAUUACAUCCUAUAUCCAUCAUUCUAAAUAUAUCUAAAUUUUAUUUUACGUCUUUCAGUUUGUAAACACAAUUAAAGCAUGGUGGUUAAGCAGCAAUUUACGCCGUUGUUCGGGAAACGUAUGCUAUACGUAACUAGUACAAUAAGCAAAACAUUCAAAUGUUUUUUCCAUAUAAAAUUUUGUUUGGCUCUCCCGCAGGUUUCUUAAACCAAGUUAUGCAAACCAGUGAUUUCAUAAUAGGGCCUGUGCUAAUAAAUCCCAACCCGUCUGGGUCUUCUCAGAAAAAAAGUAGAAAGCAAACAAAAAUAAAUAACUAAAACAAAAAACAAACAUUAAAAACAAGGAUUUGGUUCAAAUCUUAUGAAAAUACAUCUACAUACAAAUGAUUUUAUUGGGAAAAUAACGCAUGCAAAAUACAAAAAUACGUAUAUUCUCAAAGCAUGCAUUGAACCCUGAGAAAAUCCACAAAGAAACCACUCCACACAACCAUUAUUAUGAGUUCCUAUUUGUACAUUCAAAAUGCAAUUCACUUUAGUUUCUUUUACUCUGCCCCUUUAUCAAAGUGCCCAGGUUUAGGGUGAGUUUCAGUAAACCAGAAGUCUGUUGCCUUUGGACAUCUGUACCUACAGUAACUGCAGCCAAAUGCAUCUCUCUGACGAGGCGCGACAUGCUGGCUGUAGCUGAAGGAAGAUGCCUCUUCGUCAAUGACCACGGGAAGCCCUCGCAGUCCUUUUCCUACCUCUUCCAGUUCCACCUCACACUCCACGUCGGCCUCGGAUAGCAGCGCGCCAGGAGAUGCAGGCGGCCGAAGGAAAGCCGAAGUUUUGUCUGUGGAAAGCAAGCUCUCCGGCGGCGCCAGGGUUUGUGGAGAAAAAGCAGCCGGAACCGUCCAGCAGCAACACCAGGUGACGCCCUCCAAGCGUCCUGUUCUCAACAUCUCGCCUCCACCUGAAGACUUGUUUGAUGACAGCCAAAUGUCAUGCCAGGAUGAGCUUGUGCCCGACUCGGAGCAGAGCAACAGCAUCUGGAUUGAAAACUCGGUCUCCAACUUCAGCAUCGUAAGCUCCAGCUCCUACAACGACAAUACUGAAGUGCCCCGCAAGGCCCGAAAGUGCACCCCACGGCAGAAGCCCGGACCAAAACCAGUCUCCGCUGAAGAGGCCAGCAUGGAUGUCUUUGAUGCAGAUAGUGCCAAAGGGCCACACUUUGUCCUCUCGCAGCUUGGCCCAGAUAGCAAGGGCUGUACUAAAGCAUGUUCUGAGGGACCACAGGUGUCUUGUCACAAAGGUGUGAUACUGUCUGGUCAGUAUCCUCAAAAAAGUGAGGGAAAGGAACUGAAGAUUCUGGUACAGCCCGAGACUCAACACAGAGCACGCUAUCUGACCGAAGGCAGCCGAGGGUCUGUCAAAGACCGAACACAGCAGGGUUUUCCUACUAUCAAGCUUGAGGGAGUGAAGGAGCCAGUGGUCCUGCUUAUUUUCGUAGGCAACGACGCUGGACGCGUAAAGCCCCACGGGUUCUACCAGGCUUGUAGGGUUACGGGCCGUAACACAACCGCUUGUAGAGAAGUGGACAUUGAAGGCACCACUGUCAUUGAAGUUCCUCUGAACCCAAGCAGCAAUAUGACUUUAGCUGUGGAUUGUGUGGGGAUCCUGAAGCUCAGGAAUGCUGACGUGGAGGCCCGUAUCGGGGUGGCCGGAUCUAAAAAGAAGAGUACCCGUGCCAGGCUGGUGUUUCGAGUCAACAUCCCGCGCCCCGAUGGCUCUGUGCUCACGUUACAGACCUCGUCUUCUCCCAUACUGUGCACCCAGCCUGCAGGAGUACCUGAGAUUCUCAAGAAGAGUUUGCACAGCUGCUCGGUUAAAGGCGGGAAUGAAGUCUUUAUUAUUGGAAAGAACUUCCUUAAAGGAACCAAAGUUAUAUUUCAGGAAAAUUCUUCAGAUGAUAAAUCCUGGAAGGCAGAGGCAGACAUUGACAUGGAUUUUUUCCAUCAGAAUCACCUUAUUGUCAAAGUCCCUCCAUAUCAAAAUCAGACGAUCACAUCACCUGUGUCUGUUGGUGUCUAUGUUAUGACAAACGCUGGACGUUCCCAUGAUGUGCAACCAUUUACAUACACUCCUGAACCAGAUGUUGAUUCAUCAGUGAAGAAGGAAGUCUUGCCUCCAGUGACACCGUGUUGUUUUGAACAAAUGAAAGUAAUAGAUAGUGCCUUGAUGACCCCAGUUUUGCCUCUUGUUAAGCGAGAAGAGGCCACUCCAAUGGAUGUCUCCAGUAAUCCUUCUGCCUUCAAGCAGACCCCCAGUGUCAUCAAUUCAGCCCAGCAAGCCUUAGAGAUGAGUACAGAGAUCUCCACCAACAGUUGUACAUUUUCCAAUCCUCUUGCCCACCAAACAAGAGAACAGGAACAAUCACAGAACUCUGUUGUUACCAACAAAGAGCCCUUCAGCACCAUUCAGAAGCAGGACCUUGCCCCCAGCGGCUCUUUCCACGUGCCUAGUGAAUCUCUUCUCCAGCAAGGUGUUCAGCCAUUUCUUCUGGAACACAGAGACAGCCUUGUACAGGAGAGGUCCAGCAAUGCUAGCGGAUCGGCGGUGGGGCUCUCACAAAUAGAUGACAACCCACAGCAACAAUUGUCGCUACUGCCGCCGGAUGAGGUGGCGCAACUGGAGCAAGCUGUGCGGCAGCUGCAAGCGAAGGGAUUCUGCAACAUUCAACUUCAAGCUGACAAUUCGUUGUCAAAGCAGCGACAACAUCAUCUUCAGCAGCAGCAGCAAAUUCAACAGCAGCAAAUACAGCAACAACAGCAGCAGCAGCAAAUUCAGCAACAACAGCAGCAGCAAAUUCAGCAACAACAGCAGCAGCAGCAACAACAAAUCCAACAACAACAGCAGCAGCAAAUUCAGUUGCACCAACAGAUCCAGCAACAAGAGCAGCAAAUUCAGCUGCAGCAGCACAUUCAGCAACAGCAGCAGAUCCAACAACAAGAGCAGCAGAUCCAGCUGCAGCAGCAGAUCCAACAACAAGAGCAGCAGAUCCAUCUGCAGCAGCAGAUCCAACAACAAGAGCAGCAAAUUCAGCUGCAUCAGCAGAUCCAACAACAAGAGAAGCAAAUUCAACUGCAGCAGCAAAUCCAGCAACAAGAGCAGCAAAUUCAGCUGCAGCAGCAGCAGCAAGUCCUGGAGAACCUUCAACAUCAGCUCUUUCAGGCCCCUGUUCAAAUGCAUUGUGGUUCAGAACAGCAGGGCACCUUACAAGCUAUGGUGCAAAAUGGAAGUUCUCUCUUCCAGCAGACACCACCACCACAACAACAGCAGCAGCACGCAGCUUUGUUCCAACAAGCCAAUGAGCUUUUAUCUAUUCAAAGUGGCUUUCUUCAGCAGCAACCGAAUCAUUCCACUCCUUCCCUCUUUCACAACCCUACAACCAUGCCUGAAGCCCAAAGUUCACAGGAUACCCUUUAUCACACACAGAAGACCUCACCCAAUCAGGAUCAGGUCCAAGCUUCUCUUUUUCAAAGCAAUCUCACGGUUCUAAGUGGGUCAAAUAUGUCCACAGACGUUCAACCCCCUGCGACCAGUAUGUUUCUUGCACAGAAUGCUGUACCGGGUCAACUCGCAGUUAAUGCCAGUCAGCCACAGCAGCUGGCUUUCCUGACUUCAAUGCAAACGUCUUCUCUUGAGGCCCCAUCUGUAUUCCAAGCUCCGACCCAACUGUCCCCCAUUCGGCAAAGCACACCAAUGGAGCAGCAACAGUCACCGGAGCAUGCCCAACCUGGAUCCAUUUUCCAGAGCAUCUCCCAGUCACCAAGCAAACUCUCCCCUGGCCAGCAGCAGCAGGCCGGUCUACUCCUCAGUUCUCUAACAUCUACAGUAGCGCAAGACCAAGCCUCCAGUCUGUUAUUUGGUGGCCAAGUCCAGAUAGCAUCAAUGGACAACAACAGCUUAAGUUCUCCAGAACAACAAAACGCUUCUCUACCUUUCACCGUCAGGCAACAGGAGCCAUCUGAGCCCAUGACUUUUCAGGAUCAGAGUACUAUGGUGGUCAACCCGUCCUCAAAUAAGUCCAUGUUUCAGGAUCAGCAACCCAUGCAGCUUGCAGCAAGUUCUGGGACUGGGCCUUCACAGUCUCUAAACGUCUUCAUGGCCCAGCCUAACAUGCCUGGGGGAGUGUCUCCUCAAGAAGCCCUCUUUGCCCCGCAGAGUGAUUUAACUGGAAUUCAGCCCAGCACUUCAUCUCCAGUCCAACAGCCUGGCCCCCUCUUUCAGACCACAAUGAGUGGAAACCUCAGCCAGCCCAACCAGAAUCAGCAGCCCAACCUUUACCUCUUUGAGAUCCAUAAUGAGUGCAGUCAACUGAUGAACUCUCAAGGAACUAGGCUGUCUGAUCAGAUUAUUGCCAUCAAUCAAUCUGGUCAGCAAGAAAACGAGGUCCAGUCUUUACUCGGCCAGUCUAUGUCAGACCCUGGAACUGUCCAGACCCCAAUGACAACGUCUCAGAACAUGGAGAAGAUUGAUGACCUUCUGGUGAGCCUUCAGGAGCAAGGCAAUAACAUCUCACACUCCUAUUAGGGCCUUCAAAGUUGAACUGCCCAAUGUCUCCAUUCCACAUAUGAUUGUAGAUGUUCCUUGCACACACAAUGGAUAUUUGAAUGUCCUCUAUAUUGCUGAAAUAUUGGAUGCUGUAGAUUUUGCCUAGCGCCAUUCAUGUUUAGUCGGGAUUGAAAAGGACACACUAUAUGGGGGGAACAGUUAUGUCUAAAUGGCAUCACUACAAACAAGAACAUGAUUGAUUCACCACAUAUUUCUCAGUCAGGCUUGCCUAACUUUGUGACGUCUCUUUUUAGCUGUGAUCUAAACAUAUCAUGAUAUAUAGUAUGCCAGGCAUAUGCAGUCUGCAGUGAGAUUUUUAUUUUUAACAAAUGUGUGAACACUCAGUGUUUUUUUCUGUGUUGAUACACUUGAGAAUCUAUUUAUAAGCUAUUUUUAUAAUCUUUAACAGUAGUUCAACUGCGGAAGAAAAUAUUUAAGUGAAUAAAAAAUUCGCUUUAGCAUUUUCCUACUAGCACUUUAAUUAAAUUGGUUAGUUACUUCUGCCUCUGUAUUUCAUCAAGCUCAUCUUGUUACAUUUACUGUAUAUCUCCGCUGUCUUUAAUCUGUCUAGACUGUAUAUUUUAGACUGGUCCUGUUAAUUUCUCCAGUUAGAAAUACACAUUCCAGGUUAACAAUCAUACAAGGGGUUAUCAGAAUCUUGAUUUGGGUUUACAUAAGCCAUUUCUUGGCAUGUUAUUUAGCUUGCGUGACGUCCGAUAUCUGAUUGUUCUGUAUACAUAUGUGUGUCACAUUAUUUUAAGAUAAGAUCUCUAAAAGUGUAUCUUAUACUGAGUCUAAAAUAUUAACAUGUGAUGUUAUUUUGUUUAUUUUAUUUUAUUUACCAGCGUCUGGUACGCUGGAACAGGACACAUUGCUUUCUUUGGUGAAUCAGAAGGGAGUGUCCAACCAGUAUUACCAACAAGUUCUCUGAAUAUACUGGCUUACAGUAUAUAGAUACACAUAGGUCUACUGUAUAAACUUACAAAGCAACUCUUUAUAUGACCCAUCUCUUUAUAGAAAUGGUUUUUAAUAAUGUAGUAAGUGUCAUCAUAGCCAGUUGCUGUUCAAUUAUAGGCAGCGAAAGCCUCCAGAUGGCAUCUGAAGACCUCAGCAGAACAUGUUGAGUGUUCACCAACUUUCAAGUCAUUGGCCACUGUUGUGGUUUAAUUAGUUUAAGGUUUGUACAUUUGGUUGUGAAGUGAAUUUGUUUUGAAUGUAAGGAAACACUUUACGAGUUAUAGUGAUGGUUAUUUCAAGCUCACAUACUGUAUGUGGUCUAGGGUAGGGUAUGAUAAGCUGCCAAACUAGUUUGGCUGGUGUAAAGUUAGCCGGCAUAUGUUGUUGUUAGCAUAAAGAUGAAUAUAUACAUUAUGAGGAGGCUGUAAUGGCUAGUUUGAACCUACAACGAUGUUCGUUGCUCAGAUCCUACUUUUUAGUACAGACGUUUUUGGAGAAGUUUUGAUCGAAGGGUGCUCUCAUACAUCUGUGCGUGAGGAAGAACUGUGAACUUUAACAUGAGCUUUCUGUAACUCGUCUUCAUUUCUGUACAAUAAGAUUUUUGUCCCUUUUUUGUUUCCAUAGCACUCAUUAUUUAUAUGAAUAUUUACGUUUUUCCUCAUACCUCUUUUUAAGAAAAGUAUUAAUUUAUUUUUUUUCGAUGUUGUCUGAAGAGUUAUCACAAUUAGAAUCAGUGGCUAUAUUACUAUAUUUUAAUCCAACUGCAUAAUUGUUACAGGAUUACUUGUUUUUUUUUUUAUUGUUUUAUCUUGUAUUAUUUAAAGUAGAAAGCAUCUGUGUGCAGCCAUAUGCUGUUGUAACAUGAUAGUACAGAGAUAUAAAGAUAUUUCUAUAUCAUAAUGCACAUUCCUGUUGAACUUUUACUACUAUAUGUUUACGAAUUCAGUCACAAUAUAUAUUAUGGUUUUUAUCUCUGCUAGAUUUUUAACUGCAAUAGUUUAACUAAACAUUACCUGAAGUUCCUAAAAUAAUUUUAUUAAGCUUUUCAGGAUAUAAAAGCCAUAUAAAAAUGUACCCUUUAAAAUUUUAUUCGGUAUGAUUUAGAAAUUCACAUUGUGACCCAAUUAUUGUCGCUUAUAAUGAAAAAUCUUCAAUCUGUUAUGGGUGAAAUAAUGUUAAGCAUUAAAUGUACACGAAAAAAAGUCCUUUGGUUAUCUUUUUCAUAUAAAAUAAUUUUUAAAUGAUUAAUCUAUAAACAACUACAUUUCAGUCACUAAAUUCAUACCAAUAUACCUCUAACAAUUACUUUUAAUAUAAAAAUCAUAUUGAUUGCACAAAGUGAUGAGUUUAAUCAGUAGUUGUGCCUUUUAAAAGCAAAAAAUUAUUUCCUUGUUGCUGUUGACAUUUUUUAGGUUAUUUAAAACAACACCCUUCAUUAGUUCCAAGAAAGAAGCAAUUUGAUUAACUAUAAAAAAUAUGCAAUGCUAUUUUACACAAAUACAAUUAUAAUACAUCCUUGUUUUUAAUUGUUGUACAGCAGUCUAUUGCAUUACACUGCUAUGCAGUUAGUAUAAGUGCAAGAAAACAAUCUUUUCUUUACUAUUCAGUUUGAUAUCUAAUCUUUUAAGAAAGAGAAGUAUAAACGGUCUUGGUUCUGUUGCUUAUUGAAAUAUGAUAAUUUCUAAUGUGCCAUAAUGAAUGGCACAACAGUUAUGUCAUUCUUAUAGCAAGCUACUUGUGUUGGUUCAUUAGCACAUACUGUUUGUUGUCUUUGGUUUGUUAAACAUUGUCAUGACUGACGAAUUGUUGAUAUAGGAUGUGAAGAUGAAAAUCUUUAUCACUUCUAAAUUACAUAUUAAUUGUGAAACAGUUUAUAAAGAUGCAUACUGUAUAUAUUAAAAUGUUGUGCUUUUGUUGGGAUAUUUGUACUCUUGCAGCUAUUUUUUCUGUAAAUGUGCUGCAAUAUAUCAAUAAAAUAGAUUAAAAACUGCAA